GUGCCCCUACAUCGUUUAUACACGCAUCCGGAUUUUAACACUUCCCUCUACAUGAAGAGAUCCUCUUCCUGUCACUCAGAGUUCGAAAGGCAGCCCAAAUGUCUGCGUCGCUCCUUGUCUGAUCCUGUUGAUAAGGAACUCGUAGACUCAAUUGGGAUCUUUCAUACGGUUCCUUUAGAGCUACAAUAUAAGAUAUUUUCCUUCCUCACGAUUGAUGAUUUAAUUACCUUGGCAGGGGUCACAUCACGUAUGAAAUUCACCAUAGAUCUAUUUGUCAACAGUUCACAAUGCGCACUGCUGAGGGAAUUUCGUUCCCCUCAUUCUGGUUCCACUGAUUUGAAGUUGGCCUCCUUGAACAGACUAUGCGACAAAUUUAAGAAAGCAGGAUGCCUUUUCAGAGUGCUCAGUUCAUCUCUAUCAACCAGCCUUCGACUUAAUUUUUUGGAACAGCAAUUGAUUCGUCACAUGUGUCAGAUAGGCGAAGAGCAAGUGUGUACAUCGCAAACCUCCACUUCACAUUCUGUCUCGGGGAUCUCAACGGAAGCUCCGACUGCGUCCUCCACUUCUUGCCGAUUGGGAUGUCUUCGAUGCCCAGCCCUCUAUCUUUAUGGACACUUUCUACAAACCUUUACUUCUGAUUGGUUAGAGGUCGACAAAAAGAAGCUUUUCUACCAAUUUGUACAUAAGUGCUUUGGAGACAAUUUUUGGCGUCGUCUGACGACAAUCGUUUGCGAAAAUCCUGGUCAGGACCCAAGUUCCGAACUCGCGAUAAGACUAUUUCUGCGCCGAGUGUUCCUAGAUCCGGUAGCGCUUCCUGUACCCAUCACCGGUGGCGCAAUUUCCCACCGAUCGCCCACUUCGAAAUCUGGAUCGAACCAAUUCGCAAAUUGGCGCGGAACUUCUCAUAAAGCAAUCCACUCCCUUUCGAUGGGAGUGCAGACUGAACACCCGGAAGAGCCUCACAUCCGUCCAAGUGGAUCAUCAGUAUUACCUUCAGAUUGCAGCUCUUACCAGUCCGAUCAUCCAACAUCCGCCCCACUGGUUGUACGUGCGUCCUGCUCGGGUCCUGCUGUCGUGCUCAAUCAUCCACACUCCAAAGGACCACUUUGGCCCGCCGCGCAGCCACUUAUGCAUGUACUGCACUCGUACCCACUGGUUCAUCAAGCCCGAAUAGUGUUCAUACUUUAUGGUCCAUUGCACAAAGGUCGUCUCAUGUGGCGGACCAUGUGUGAAAAUACAGCAGCCGACUCGGAACAGCUGACAGCCUGCUUUGGGGAACUGGGUAGCGUGCUGCACAACAUGCUUGAAAGUGGUGCGUGGACACACGACGAGACACUGUCCAUACUAAAUGAAAUCACUAUCGUCCCUGAGGAGUGGUUGGCCGAAAAUGUGGCAUGUCUGCUGUAUACCUCCGGACCCAGACUCGCCUCCAUGCUUAUAACACAGAAAGCGGAAAGUGGACAAAUUGGUGAACUGGCUAUUACGCUGACCUCUCUGUGUAUAAUCCGGGUGAAAAUUCGCGCCGCCCUCACGGACCUCAUCGGGCUGGUCGGUGAAGCAUGUCGUGCGGCGCAAAAUAUGGACCGACGUCUUUUCCUUGAUCAGCUUGCGCGGGCUUUCCAGGAUGUUAUUGUGGAUCUUUAUGAAACAGAUGAAUUAGAAGAUCGCGUGGAGGACUUCUCAAUCAUUCUCAAAGCACAGGCGGAGUUUAUGCGUGCGCUAAUGGCUCGCGUAUAUGAAGAAUGAAUGCUAUAGCAGCGACUUUCGCACUGUGAUCUUCCAAGCUGUGUUACUAUCGUUUUCCAGUUUAUGCAUUUCAGCCUAUUUUCCAAUGUUUUGCCCGUAGUGGCUUUCCUUACUUGUCUAAUCAGGUUCCGUUGCGCUCAUUUACUUUCUUAGCGAAGUUUUUACUAUUUCUAUAUUGAUGUUUUGUUUGAGUUUGGAAUACACGUUGUUCUGAUGAUC